GAAGCAUACCUUAAAGAUAUGAACCGGACAAUAAGCUUUCCCACCCAAAAAAAAAACCUUAGCUUCAAUCGAAUGAGUUAUUGCCUAUUGGAUAUGAUUGAGUUAUUAAUAUACUCAACCAAAUUUCUUUUCACAAGUUAUUUAUAUUACAUUAAUAUAUUAUAUAUACACACACACUCAUGUACAUCAGUUUCACCUCGGCCCAUUCCUCUUUCAGAACCAAAAAGAUGAAAACCUUAUCACAAAUCGAAAUCAUUUUCCUCUCCAUUGCUCUUCUUCUCUUCAUCACAAGCUCAGCAACUCCAUCAACAUAUUCAAAUCAAACGAACUUAGAUUACAUCAAAACAUCAUGCAACCUCACACACUACAAAACCCUUUGCUACAUCUCUCUAUCUCCUUACGCCUUAAAAAUCGAUUCCAACCCUCAAAGACUCGCCGUCACAGCCCUCAAUCUCACCCUCUCCUCAGCCAAUUCUGCAGCCAAGUUCAUCAAGAACAUUCCUCACGGCAGAGGUGGACUAACACGUUUCGAAGCGGGUGCGGUUGCUGAUUGUGUGGAGGAGAUUGGAGACUCGGUGAGUGAACUCCAAGAUUCAAUAAGAGAGUUGGAGUCGAUCAACUACGAGGAUAGUUCGAAAUUUGAGAUGGUUAUGUCGGAUGUUGAGACAUGGGUUAGUGCUGCUCUCACUGAUGAUGACACUUGUAUGGAUGGUUUCGGCCAAGAUGGUCGAGCCAAAGCGGUCGUGAAAGAUUUGGUUCGGCGACAUGUUGUAAAGGUUGCUCGGCUGACUAGCAACGCGCUUGCUGUCAUUAAUAUGUACGCGUCCACACAUGAAAAAUGAUCAUAAAUGUUCAUAUAUCUUUCUCUUUUUUUUUUCUUUUUAAAUGUUCAUAUAUCUUUCUCUUUUUUUUUUUCUUUUUAAAUGUUCAUAUAUCAUAUACAAAAUUGUUUUAUAACUUCUAUUAACAUUGCUUAUGUUUCAUGUUUAUAUGUAUACCAUGUACCUUGUUAUAGGUAUUGUGCAUUUUCAUGUAUACAUAUUUCAAUAAUUUUAUAAUGAAGGUUUGUAUAUUUUGCGUUA